UGUGGGAAAUACGCCUUCAACCAAACAUGAAUGGGGCACAAUGGAUAACUGAAGAGGGCUCGCUCGCCGCGGUCACGAGAGCACUGGGGGAGUGACGUCACCACCCUAAACCGGGCACCAGCCGUUGAGUUGAGUCCCGAGCGAGAGACAGGCAGGAAUCCGGGAACAACUUUUAAUGUAUGCGGGCCGAGCCGGGCCAGUGUCUCGGGACGCACUUUUUCCUCCUCCUUUAUGCAUCCUUCUGCUCGACUAAGCUCAACUACGGCUCGUUGUUUUCUCACCGGCUCGGUAGACAAUCUGUUUUUGGCACAAAACGCGGUUGUGUGUCAGUUUCUUUUUAUGUGUCCAGCCCUCCUGCGACUCCAGGACAUAACCGGCCUUCCCUGAGUGAUUGAGUGAGUGACUGCAUGGACCAGACUGAACAUGAAGAGCCUUAAAGCAAAGUUUAGAAAAACUGAUGCCAAUGAGUGGAACAAGAAUGACGAGCGCCUGCUUGCGGCAGUGGAGCACGGCGAGGCGGAGAAGGUGGCUCCGCUCCUCGCCAAGAAGGGUGCCAGCUCCGUAAAGCUGGACAGCGAAGGGAAAUCAGCUCUUCAUGUGGCGGCUGCACGUGGACACACAGACUGCCUCUCUGUCAUCCUGGCCCAUGGAGCUGACCUGUCAAUCACUGAUGCUGCAGGUUUAAAUCCGUUGCAUCUUGCUGCCAAAAACAAUCACAUCGAGUGCUGCAAAAAGCUCAUUCAGAGUAAGUGUCCUAUCGAUGCAGUGGACAGUUCAGGGAAGGCUGCUCUUCACCACGCUGCUGCCAGCGGGAACAUCCAGACCGUCCAACUGCUGUGUGAACUCAAAACUCCCGUCAACCUAAAAGAUGCAGACGGGAUCACUCCUUUGCUGUUGUCAGCCAAACAUGCGCAUGCUGAGGUGUGCAGCACUUUGCUGGACUGCGGUGCUGAAGUCAACACUUUUGACAACAGUGGCAGGACGGCCCUGAUGCUGUCCACUGAGUCCGGCGCGCUCUCUGUGGUUGAAGUGUUGAUCCAGAGAAGAGCAGAUCUGACGGCUGCAGAUUCACAAGGCCACGAUGUCUCACACUACGCCAAGCUGUCGGGCAACUCUGAGAUCAAAACCCUCCUCACUGCUGCCCUGAACAGCCAUCAGGGCCUAGAUACAAAGUCUCCUCGAAGUCCUCAGCAUGAUCAAGUAGCUAAACUAAGUGAUGAACGGAUCACAACUCCCAAAAAAAGAAAAGCACCUCCACCUCCUAUUAGCCCACUGCAGAGCUCUGGGCCCUCCUCUCCCUCUGUCCUAACUUCCAGUGGGACACCAGGAUCCAACACAAGUGACACUCCCAAAAGAUUCAACUACAAGGAGGAUGAGGUCAGGGGUACGACGCUGAGAGCGGAGGUUGAGAAGCUCCAUGAGGAGAAAACCAUGUUGCUGGAGACCAUCGAAGACCUGAAGCAGUCGGUGGAGCAGACGGGCCCCGACCCGGAGACAAAGGUCGAGCAAAGUUCUACAGCAUCUGCAGCGCUGGUUUCUGCUCUGCAAGCAAAGAUUGCUGCUCUCACCUUGGAGAAACAGCAACUUGCAAACAAACUCAAGAAACAUCCAUCCCUCCAAGGAAGCGAGGACACCAGUCGUCCAAACAGCAUGACCUCCAACUCCUCCUUCCACUCCACCCAGGAUGAGUUUGAGUCACCGCCACAUGUGGAAAGGGAAGAAGAGGAGAAUGGAGGAGGGAGCAAAGAAGAGAUCCAGCUGUUGAGGCUGGCGCUAGAAAGCGUUCAAGUAAAACUGCUAGAAACUAGGAAGGAAAACCGCUUGCUUCAUACCCAGCUGAAACCUGAGCGAGAAGGAGAGGAGGAUGAAACCCGCAGGGAGAAAGGAAGAGAAGAAGAGUUGAUGGAGAGUCUGGCGGAGCUUCAGGCGAAGCUGACAGACACUCAGGAGAGAUACCACCAGGCUGUGGAGGAGGUGGAGGAGCUGAGGGAGCACAUGGGAGGUGAGACGGAUCAACAGGAGGUCCAGAGACGCACAUCGUCCACACUAGAACAGGAAGUACAGCAGCUGAGGGCCCUGCUCGUCCAAUCAGGAUCCGAGCUGGAAUUGGCAGCUCAACGAAGCAAACAGCUGGAGGAGGCGCUGAGGAGUGUGAAGGAAGUGGGGGAGAGGACUGUACGGAUUGAGGAGCUGCACAAGGAGGCACAAGAGGAGAUAAGGAUCCUUCAGGAGGCUCUGAGGGGCACGGUGCCAGUUGAAGCUGCAGCUAAAGACUUUGAAGAGAUGAAGGCUGAGCUGAGCGAGGUGAAUGCCGGGUUGCAGCGCCGCCUGCUGGAGCUCUCACACUCCUACAGCGACACCAAGAGCCAGCUGAGUGCUGCUCAGAAACAGCUGUCUGAGGGCAGCGCCCCCUCAUCCCCCUCCUCAGAACAGCAGCAGGUCACGGUGCUGAUCAGCAAGGUGGAGGAGCUACAGACGCUGCUAGCUGAGACGGAGAAGAAGCACUUAACUGCUGGAGAAGAGAUUUCUCUGCUGAGGCAGGAGGCCGAGGCUCAGGCUCAGAGCUCUGUGGACCUCGCUGACCACACACAGGUGAUGUCAUCUCUGGGAAACGCCAUCAAAGAGUUGGAAAGCCAGUCAGAGGCCCUGAAGGAGCAGCUGCAACAGAAAAUCCUGCAGGUGGAGGAUCUUCAGAAAAGGCUGUCGGCAGCCAAAGAUGGCACCCAAGAGGAUUCAGCCUCCCGCAUGGAGCAGGAGAGCAGGCGAGAGCAGCUGGAGGGCGAGGUGAAGCACCUGACGCAGCUCCUCCAGGGGGCCCUCAGGAAGCAGGACGAGAUGGCUCUGGAGGCGACUGAUGCAUGGCAGAUGGCCCGGGACAACCGAGCAGAGCUGGAGGCCCUGCAGGAGCUGCUGAUGUCCAGGGAGAAGGAGAACCAGGUGCUGACCAGCAGGCUGGCUGAGGCCCAGGAUGCAGUGUGUCAGCUCAAACAGCUGGUGGAGAACCACGUGGCCUCAGAGAGAGAGAAGAACAAGAGGAUAGAUGACCUGUCCCGGGAGGUGGGGAAGCUGAAGGACGCCCUGAACAGCCUAUCACAGCUCUCCUACAGCGCCGGCUCUCCGGCCAAGAGGCAGCAGCAGAUCAACCUGCAGCUGGAGACCAUGCAGCAGCAAAUCAAACAGCUACAGUACCAGCUGACUGAGUCAAAGAAGCAGCACCAGGAGAUAGUGUCCGUCUACAGGAUGCACCUCCUCUAUGCUGUCCAGGGUCAGAUGGACGAGGAUGUCCAGAAAGCCUUGAAACAGAUCUUGAUGAUGUGCAAGAUGCCAAGCCCAGCCAAGGAGACCUGCUAAGACCCCCCCCCUCCAACGGUCUGGUUUCCCACAAGCAUGAACUGCUGCUGUCAGCACAUUUCCUCCCCUCUGAAUUCACAGGGUGCUUAGGCCAACACAUGGUGCCUCUGAAUAAACCUGGAGUAUUAGUUAAUGAGGAGUAGGUUUACAGUGGUGUUCAUUGCCUUUGCUAAUGUCAGUCGGACAGAUAGAGACCUUCUGAUGGGAGACGUUUUUGGGAAAGCCCAGCCCAGCACAGAUACUUUGCAUCAUGGUGGUUCCCGACACAUUUAAAGUCUCAGUAUGUGCAGUAACACUAAAUCACAUGCAGCCGUGUGUGUGUAUUUUGACAGGAACAUACAUGUCAUUUUCUGUUACAAUGUGCGCUUAGAGAAAAAGAAACAGUUGGCGCUGCUGUUGCUAGUAUCUAUUUUAUGAUACAACAGUGUUAGUAUUAUUUUACUUGUCUAAAGGUGUCAUGGUUGUCAACAUUUUCCUGAUACAAACUAAAUUAUUUGUGCCUUCUUAACAAUGCAUGUGACUUUGCUUAACACCAGCUCAGAAAUGAAUUGAUAUUUGGUCGCACUUCUACGGCUCUCUUCCUAUUGGCACAAAAAAUAUAUAAAAAGUGUAUUUUACUGCAUUGUAUUACCAUGCCAUAUUUUCUAAGAUACUGUACUGAAGAGGUUUGAUAGCUGUAUUUUUGAUGGCCUUGUUCUGAAUUAGUUUAUAUUCCUGUUAUUAUUCAUAGAGUUUACUGAAGUUAAAAACGGCAACACCUAACAGUAAGAGAUCCAUAUGUUUGUCUGUUUCACAAAGAAGAUAGUUCGUUGGUAAAAUGUUAAGUACUUACAAUUUCUCUCGUCUUUUUUUAAUCUUUCACGUUGGUCUUUUGUUUAGCAAAUCCUUACUUGAAAAACAUGCAAAAUGAGUUGGAUAAAAGAAAGUGUUCUGCUGUCACAUGCCUGUAAUCAGACAGUCUCUUCCUGAGGAGUACUGUCUAACAGUCACACAUGCCAAUUUCACCAGCUAUACUUCCUUCAUUAAUUUAUUUACAUGUACCAAGAAUGUCAAGGUUCUGUCUUUGUAUUUGUGAUACUCCCAUCUCAUUCAGUGUUUCAUUGUAGGUACAGAUUUACACUGUACAGAAUAUAUAACUGAUAACACCACACUCCUUUGCCUUAGUACUGUACUUAGGAAUCAUCUCUCUUGAGAUUAUUAAGAACAAACCCAACGCUGUUUACGGCUGACUGAAGCUUUCUCCCACAUGUGUUUUACAUGAUUUACAGCUGACUGAGAUGUGUUAGACCCUGAGGAGAGCUUUUGCUUUAUGUCAAGGUUUUUAAAAUAUCAUAAACCACCUUUCUCUAGGCCUUGAAUGAAAUGUGUUGUGAGAAGAAAGGGAAAAGAAAUAAAUGACUCUUCUGUUGGUUGUUUCAUCAACAACAGUUUUGAAGAGAUAUGAAAUAAAUGCUUGUUUGCCAACUGCUUUGUUGCUCACAUAAACAUUUUCAAGAUA